CUCACUAGAGGCGGAACUGCUCAGAGUAGCAGGGAAUGGGUUCAGCUCAGCGACUCUGACACAGACAUGCACUGACAACGUUAGCCGCUGUUUAUUCCUUUACGUGGACCAGGCAGUGUAGACGUAGUGUUUGUUUGUAACGUCGUAGUAGCUUAAAAAAAAAAUUCAAAACAAAUGGAAGUGUCCCACCUGCGCUACCUUCACCUGCCUUCUGUCAGCAUAUAGCCUGCAAGCUAACAGGCCGAAUAACAGCAUAAGAUGCGUUUCAUGCUGCUUUUCAGCCGGCAGGGGAAGUUGCGUCUGCAGAAGUGGUACACCGCCACAGCGGAGCGCGACAAGAAGAAGAUGGUCAGGGAGCUGAUGCAGAUUGUGCUCGCCCGCAAACCAAAGAUGUGCAGCUUCCUUGAAUGGAGGGACCUCAAGAUUGUCUACAAAAGGUACGCCAGCCUGUAUUUCUGUUGUGCAAUUGAAGAGCAGGACAACGAGCUGAUCACACUGGAAGUCAUCCACCGCUUCGUAGAGCUUCUGGAUAAAUACUUUGGCAGUGUAUGUGAGCUGGACAUCAUCUUUAACUUUGAGAAGGCCUACUUCAUCCUCGAUGAGUUCCUGAUGGGAGGAGAGAUCCAGGAUACGUCUAAGAAGAGCGUCCUCAAAGCCAUCGAACAAGCUGACCUACUGCAGGAGGAGGACGAGUCCCCCAGGAGUGUGUUGGAGGAGAUGGGCCUGGCGUAGUACACGGUAGCCGUGUGAGAGACUAUAGAUACUAUAAGGCGGAGAGCUGGUUGAGAGGGGUGGGGGUGGGGGGGACACAAUCUGGGAUUGAACAUGCUUGGACUGACAGCGUUGGUUCUGUGUAUCUUUGGCUCUGGCGACUGCUGUACAGUGUUUAACUGGGGAGGAGACACAGUUAAGAAUGGAAGAUCCUUGCAUUGCCGUGUGUGUGUGCGUGUUUUUAAAGUUUGUCAGGCACUGCAAGUGAACUGAGACUAGGUCAGGGAAUUGGGUAAUUAGAUAAAAGUGGCAUCAGCUAAAAGAUAAGUCUGAUGCUAUUUCAUGUUUUUUGUAUUUUCCUCAAUUCUCAUGAAAAGACUGACACUAACAACGUGUUAGUUCAUCUCGCACGCAAAACUCUUUGACUUCCCUAAGAUGACGGUGACACUCAGCUCCAAUUCCAUUGAUUCCUGCCCAAGAUGUUCAUGUUUAAAACAGCUAUGCAGAUAUAAUUAAUUUGAAACAAAACAAAAAACAGCUUGUUUUACUGUAGUUUAUACAAUUGUUAUUCAAACAGGAGGAAAUAGUGUAUUUCUUGGGGACUAUAUUCAACGGCGGAUUAAUCCACAUUGCAGUUGUAGUGUUUAUCUCGGGCAGCAGGAUGGUGUAUGUGCAACUGAAUCCAAACAUACCACUGUGUGUGUGUGUGUGUGUGUGUGUGUGUGUGUGUGUGUGUGUGUGUGUGUGAGUGUGUUGUGUUGGCUGUGUGUGUGUGUGUGUGUGGGUGUGUGUGUGUGUCAUGAUAAUGAAUGAACAUGUCACAGUGCAAGAGUGUGACUUAAUUUUAUUUAAUUUUAAGCUUUGUGGGCCAGAGGAAGAUUUUAUCAGGCUGUUAGUGCGUUGUAUUUGUGCUCGAAAGUCGGAAACACGCCCCUUGAAGUUUGUGUUUUAUUAAACCAAUCGUACACAGUCCUGUGGACGUGUUGCCACGCAGUUUGUAUGCACAAAAAAACAGCGUAAUGCGUUAUCAACUGGUCAGAAAAAUGUAGAAUACAACUUUUUAAAGUAAAAUUCUGUGCUUGUACAAUCCGGUUUUUAGAACAGUGUUUGCCAUCGUUCCGCUUGGUUGUGUGUGUGAUAACAUGAAACAAGGAAAAUAGCACACAGCGUGUAGGUGAAAAGCAAACUGAAUGUGGGUUCCUCCCCUGAGGUGUGUUCUUACCAAUAUAACUGUGUGUCACACAGCAACCAUGUUAACACAGCAAAAGUUGUGUUCAAAUAGUUAGUCUCUUUAAUUACGCAGCACAGUGGCCCGAUGGUUAGCAUUGUGGCCUCACAGCAAGAAGGCGCCGGGUUUGAACCCUGGUUGUCCCGGGCCUUUCUGUGUGGAGUUUGCAUGUUCUCCCUGUGUCUGUGUGGGUUUUUUCUGGGUGCUCCGGUUUUCCCCACCACUAAAAAUGUGUUCCCCUCCCUCCCUACCAAGCUAAUGUGUGGUGAGUGUCUGGUGAGCCCCCCCCUAUUAUCAUCAUCAUAAUCCUCUAAUUCUAAUAAUCCUAAACAUCCCUCUCAAUAUAUUAUUACAGUUAUGUGAACUACACUUGGUGUUUUCAUUUUUUUUUCUUCUUUCUCAUAAAGGCAGAGUUGUACUGUUUGGAAGUUAUUCCUAUAUCUGUGAUUGGCCCAUCUUUCAGCGGGCCCAGUGGGGAUGGCCUGCGUUGUGGAUUGUGAAUAAUGAACCAAAGACAUUUUAAGAUUUGCAUCACAGCCUUGUUUACAUAUUAGCCAUGCAUAUGUACCGCAAGUGGAAUGAUGUACCAGACGAGAUGGAAAUGUCAAGUCUGUCUUAUGCAAGUUAACACAGAGCAAUGGAGAGUUUUCCUCCCAGACAGCAGGAAGCAGCCACUGAGACAGGUGGGUGGGGGGUUCAGCUGGUACUACUGACUGGUACUACUGUUGGGACUGAAAUUCCAAGGCAACUAGAAUAAACUGAAUUUUAGACAAUGGUACAUGCUUUUAUAAUGUUUAAUCAUUUUGAAUAUGUGGUUAUUACUGAUGUUUGUGAUCUAAAUUUGGUAUCUGUUUGAAAAUUGCAUCCUAGGCAAGAUUACCAGCAGGAUCACAUAUGAAUGCUCAUCCUGCAAGUGGUGCUUUGUUCAACUUGGUUAAGCCCAGGUCAGACCAAAGAUUUGCGACGAGACAGAACCGUUUUAGAACAUUGCUGCGGUCUGAACCGGCCCAUCUCAAACUCGACUCAAACCAGCUAAUGGCGUCGCUGCGACACAGCUGGUCAGGGAUCCAGAGGCUGGUUUUAGAACUAAGGGAUGUAACCUUUUUCAACAGCCAAUAGAGAAGUCAGCUGGUCAAGUCAGCUACAAACUCUAGAAAUAUAAUGAUCCCUAAUCUAUUUUAUUUCUAUGUUACAAACUGUUUACUGGUUGAAACAGAGUUUUAGACCGUUUUGUCUCAUUGCAUCAUUGUAACUGGCAGGUCUUUGGUCUGGACUGGGCUUUAAAAGGUCAUUUAAUUUAAGUAAAGUGCAUUUCUUAAAACAGUAGAAGGCCUGCAACUGGUUUUGAGCAUAUUCUUUAGCACCAUGGUCACGAUGGCUCCAUACCUCAGGUUUCAGGUCAGGGUUUAUUCUAUCAACGCGCUGUAUAAAUAUUGUUCCCUUGAUCAAGUGGGAAACUUGUUGUUGUUUUUUUUUCUAUCUUAACUUGCCUUCAUUUGACUUAGUCCAGAUCGGCUUGUAAUCAGACAAAUCAUUUAGUGUCGGUGACCAAACGCACAAACCUCUUAUGACGAUGCUCACACGUAGGGUUGGGGUUUGAGAGCAUUUUAUUGAAUCUGAAUCCAGAAUUGACUCCACUCUUUGAAUCCAAAUAUUUUUCAUAUACAUUAGCCUUCAAGAUUUGUAACCAAAUUUACAAAAAUAAUCAAAACCCUUGAGCCAACUACUGGAAGUCAGACUAUUAACCUGACAAACUGAAACUAGUGACAUGAUGUAAACAAAUGUUACGUAACAUUUUUUGAAUUAGUUAACAUAAAUUGGCUCUGUUGCCGAUAAACAUGCUAAAUGUUUAUUUUAACUCGCAAGACCAAAUAUUCUGGAACUAGAUUCAAAACAGGCACAGCAAUCAGAGCCCAACUCUACUCAUACCAAUAAUACAGAGUGCAGGGUUUCCUCCAGAAAAGUUGUUAAACCUGGUGGCAAGUGUCUUUUUUUUUCUUCUUUUCAUCGAGGGCCCGGCUGGGGACCAGACACAGACUGAUGGCAGCAUUGAUGUAGAGCCCAAUAGUUUCUAUGAUAACAGAAUCAUAGACAGAAUUAGGAAAUCCAGAAUGUAAAAAAGCUAUGACAGAUUCCAUAGAACCAUACAUUAAGUCAGCUCUAAAAGCUAACUGGAGAUGUCAAAAAAUAUGACAAUGAUGUUUCCAACCGAGCCGCCCCACUGUAACUGCAGUAUAAGAAAUUUAGUUAAAAAAACAUUCCAAAAUAAUUCCCAGUGGCUUAAGGGGCAACCUGGGCCGGGUGGGCCACCAGGCCUGCAAUACACUGGGGGAAACCCUGGCGUCAAUAUUUGAACUGUAUGUUGAAUUUACCUAGUGUGUUUGUGUACUGCCGUGAUCUUAUGCAUGACAUGUUUAUUUUAUAAAAGGCUGUGGACCGGGACCAGUAUGUUACUAUAAAGUUCUUUGCAAUCAGAUGUUGGGUUUGUACAAACCCUGAGAAUAUGGCCAUCAUAUAAAGUGGGGAAGAUCUCGUCCUAGAAAACUAUUCAGGAAAAAAUGAUUACCAAGCUCCUAAGUUUUCUAUCACCUGCCCAUAGACUGUUGGUUAGAGCUAGGCUCUCUCUACAAAAGCCUGUUUGUCUUGACGUUACUAUUGAUGCUGUGACGAUGUAUCACAUUGCUUUCAUAAAACUUUCAUCUAAAAUAGGGCUGGGUGAUGUGCUACCUUACGAAUGUUUGAAUGAUCAUUUGAUUCAGCUGAAACGGAUAUUUUUGGAAACUAUUUUCUUUGAAGCUACAUCUCAAUAUUAAUUCCAGAUAUUGUUUCAGUGGCUGUCACUGACUAGGGUUUUCACACAUUUUCCAUUAACCCUAGAGAGAAACAUCUUCCUUGCAUUGUUUCAAAAUGUAUGCACGUUUUUUUUUUCAAUCAUAUAAUGUCCUCUCAGGAGUUCUGGAUAGACAUCUCCUGAUUUCUAGCAAAUUAAUUUCCUUUGUUUUCUGCUCUUAUGUGACCUGCUGAUCAUAUCGAUUGCUUAUUAAGAAAACUUCUGAGUAAAUAUUGGACUGCAACACUAUGUUCUUUAAGAAGAACUACAUCCUGAAAUGUGACCUAUGUGCAGGCGUACCUCCUGUGUGUGUAAAAACUGUUGUUGGCAGUAACAGGCUGCAGGACAUUGAGCCUGAACCUGUCUCAAAGAGUCAGUUGGACCACAGCGCCGUUGUCUGUACACAGCAGGGACUAAUCCCUCAUUUUCCUCUGCUCAACUCUGAAUGUCAGUCUGUGUUAAGGGCUCACUGUGUGAUCUGAUUGUUUUCUGUGUCAGCAUGUGGGGGAACAACUGAAAAAAAAAGGGGGUACGAUAUGUUGAACUGUUGCAAAAACAAAGACACCAGAUUGUAGCUGAUAUGUGCUGAGCAGGGGCAACAUGUUUGACUUCUGAGAUUCAGUAUUUCUAUGAACAUGUUAGAAAUCCUAAUUUUAAGUGUGGCCUUUUCUUCAUACUUUUAAUUUGAAUCUCACAAUUUAAAUAUUUGGGGUGUGCAAAAAAAUCGGUUCCUAUUCUAAUCGCGAUUCAACCUCUAUUAAAAGCUAACAAGUUCUAGCAUCCUCCCGGCUGCUCCUUCCCGAUCUCUCUCCAACGGUUUAGUUUCUAUAAGAUGCAAUAACAGCUCACACUUUAAGACAGUGUCUCUUUUGAAGGUAUUUCUGGUGGUGUACAACACAAAGGUAACAUUCACACCUCCAGCUGGCCCUAGUCUGUUUUAGAAAGUUAGCAGAGAUAACUUUCUGAUUUUACCUUUAGAAAGUGGCUUCCAGAUGUUGGACGUUCUGAUGAGCCCUUAUUAUGCUUUUUGGAAUUGUUCCUGUCUUUUAGUGUGUUAUAUAGUUAUUUGAGUAUGUAAUAGAUGUAUCAAGUACAAAAAACAUUUCACUCCAAAUGGAGCUUACUCUCCCGCAGACAGUCCUUUUUCUUAGCUGUCUGAAACGCCUCGUGAGUGGGCCAGCUGACCAAUCAGAGCAGACUGGGCUUUUCAGGAAGACGGGCCUAGAGCUCAGACAGUGUUUCAGGCAGAGGAGCUGCAGCUGUAGUGCUUUUUUUGAACAUCAAAGCAUGUACACCUAUUCUAGUAGACCCCGGGAAUAUAAAUAGGACACUGAAAGGAGUAUGUUAGGGGCUCCUAAAAGCGUUAUUAUCCUCCUCACAUAUGUCUGUACAUUUGAGCAUACACCCUCGUAAUGUUUUGUCAUUAACCCCGGCCUCUGCUGCCCCUUUCUUCCUCCAAAGAGACUUUGAAAAGGGUGUUGAAUGUUUUUUGGGUGAGUUUGUAUUUAAUGCCCAGUUUGAACUUUGUGUUUGGUUAAUCGGCUCAUCAUAUGCAAUGACUUAAUCAAUUUGGUGGUUGUCUUUUUCAUAAAUUGGUACUUGUGAAAGAGAAUGAAAAUUUGGAUUUGAAAUAUUUGUUAAAAGUUGUUUGGAGGAAGAGAGGACGAGACAUGUGAAUGGUUUACAGAGCUGUCAAGGGGCCUUGGGGUAGGAAAGUAGAAGCUCAGUAAUGCAGGCUAAAGGGACUCUGUGUGUGAAUGUAAUUUUAUAAAGAAACAAACCAUUUUAAGCUGAA